AUAAUGGAUGGAGGCAAUCAGACUUGGGUGUCAGAAUUUAUACUUUUUGGGCUUUCCCAGUCACAGAGUGUCCAGGUUUUACUCUUUGUGAUGUUCUUAAUACUUUAUUUCUUUAUUAUGUCUGGAAAUAUUACCAUCAUUGUCUUAAUUACCACUGACCGUCAUCUCCAUUCUCCCAUGUACUUCUUGUUGGCCAACCUGUCAUUUGUGGAUAUGUGGCUUUCCUCAGUCACCACUCCUAAGAUGGUAUCAGACUUUCUCAAGGAAAACAAGACCAUUUCCUUUGCAGGCUGCAUGUCUCAAGUCUUCUUUGCUCAUUGCAUUGCUGCAGGAGAGAUGGUGCUCUUGGUAGUAAUGGCUUAUGACCGGUAUGUGGCCAUCUGCAAACCACUCCACUAUUUCACGAUUAUGAACCUGAGAAGAUGCUCUGGGUUGGUGUUAGUUUCUUGGACUACUGGCUUUAUUCAUGCCAUGAGUCACCUGGUAGUGAUUGUAGAGCUGCCCUUUUGUGGUCCGAAGGAAAUAGAUAGCUUCUUUUGUGACAUGCCAUUGGUGAUCAAACUAGCAUGCAUGGAUUCCCAUGAUCUGGAUAUUCUGAUGAAUGCUGACUGUGGGAUUGUGGCUGUAACCUGCUUCACUCUGUUGCUCAUUUCCUACACGUAUAUCCUCAUCACUGUUCACCAGAGUUCUAAAUCUGGUGCAUCUAAGGCUCUGUCCACAUGCAGUGCCCACAUCACAGUAGUGAUGAUAUUUUUUGUCCCCUGCAUCUUCAUUUAUGUGUGGCCACUCAAUAUUAUCUGGUUGGACAAAUUUCUUGCCAUAUUUUACUCUGUUUUCACACCUCUUCUAAACCCAGCUAUUUAUACGCUGAGAAACAAAGAGAUGAAAAAUGCCAUGAUAAGAUUCAUAAGCAACUAUCUUAGCCCUAAGGAAAAUUCCUAA